AUGCAUUCACGCCUAGUUAGCUAUAGCAGUGGACCCCGAACCUUUUGGGCCGUCGGACCACUACCAACGCUCAGCCACCCUCGCCGACUGGCAGCGCUCACGGGACCCCGGCAUUUUAUGGAUGCAGCGCUCCGGGGCCCGACCAGCGGCUACCUGCAGGCCGGGGACACGCAGAGAAGCGCACACACACCCGCAGGGGCCGGGAGAGGGCACGCUGCCUCUGGGGCAUCCCCCGUUAGGGAACCCGAGGAAAGGAGUGGAGCGGGCCGGGGAAGCUCGGGGACCGAGGCCGCACCGGAGCCCGACCCGAAGCAGCGAGAAGCACCACCGCGGGCAGCGGCGGCUCCGCCGAGCCCUCCCCCGGGACCCCGUGAGCAGAGGGCAGCCCCGGCCAACCGCCGCCACGGCCCGCCCUACCUGACUGAGGCCGCCGCAGAUCCGCCGCCACCGCCCCCAGCUGUCGCUGCCCAAGCAAAGGAUGUCGGGACAGCGCUCCCCUCGGGGAGCCGGGGAGUGCCGGGAGCCGCGCGCCAUGCUGGGACUCGUAGUCCGCCGCGAGGGCCCCAGGCCCGCCUGGGCGGCACCGCGUCUCGUUGCCUCUCCCCGCCCCUGCGCGUCUCCCGGUUCCAGAUACCGGAGUCGCCGGGCGAGGCUGUGGGCGUCGCCUGGCAGCGGCCUCCGUUGUCGCCGCCGCCGCCCUGGCGGAGCGGUGAGGCCAAGGGGCGGCCCGAGGGGCUGCGGCCGGGGCCGUCGGGGGCUGCGCUGCUGCCGGCCGGGGGGAGGCGGGUGGAAGGCGGCCGGGGCCGGGGGACCAGUAGGGGGCCUCUGCCCCUGCCCCUGCCCCUGCUGAGGCGUCCGGGGGUGCCGGGUCGGGCAGUCUGCGAGUUCAGCAGGGUCUAA